CAUUGGCGCUUUGAGCACGUAUACGCGGGUAAAAGAAAGUUACAAAAAUAAAGAAAAUACAUUAAUUUAACAAAAACAAUAAUUUAUUAUAUUUAAAAGAGAAAAAACAACAAGUACAACAAACUAAAGUUAUUAAUUAUUAAAUAAAAUUUGGAUUUUGAUAAAAAAGCGUCAACAAUAACAAAACAUUUAUUUAAAUUUAGUUUGUUGACAAACUAAAAAAAUAUAUAAUUAAACAAAAAGUGAGUGCAAUAUUUGUAUUAUUUAUACUGAAUAUAUGAAUUCACCAGCCAGCCAUUCAGUCAGUCAGUCUUUUUAUAAAAAUAAAAUCAUGUUGAUGUAUGGUUUGCAAAGUGUUUUAGUGGUUUAUUGAUGGCGAUUAAAAUGAAUUUUCUCGCUGAUGAAUGAUCGCAAAUUUAGCAUGAAAUUUAUGUCGAUGAUUUAUUAUUAAAAUAAAAGAAAAAAAAAAAAACAAAAUAAAAAAGUUUAACAGAAAAUUAAAAAUUUCAAACAACAACAAUUAUAAUAACAACUGAAAGUGUUAAUAAAUUGUAUUCCUUUUAAUUGUGUGUCAAAUAAACAAAAUGAAAAAAUAAUCAUAAAUAAAUUUUAACAUAAAUACAACAAAAAGAAACAAGUGCAAUAUAAAUGAAAAUUUGGCGUUUAACAGAAUAAUUUAUCUUUAACACAAACAGGUAAAACGGAUUAAAAUUUGCCAAAAUACAUGAACCGGAAGAACAAUAUAUAGAUGCCCUAAAAGUCAAGGAUUAACACAGCAAAUCAAGUGCAAAAUAAGUUGUACACAAAAAGGGAUCAUUUUUAAAAAUUAUUAUCAUUAUUAUUUCAAAUUGUUAUUAACAAUAACACAUGUUAGUUAGUUAGAGUGUGUGUGAGAGUUUGAAUUUAAAUCUCUACAACAAAACACCUUUACCAGCAACAACAACAACCAUAGUAAUUAUAACAAAAAGUGUAAAACUUGUCAACAUUGUUAUUAUUUGACAAAAUUUAUGGCCUUUUUUGACUUUUUCGCUACAACACUUUUAAACAUACUCUCAUUCUCUCUACCGUACAACUAAACAACAACAAUUGUUAACAUAAAUGAAAUCUACUAAACCUUCAACAAACACACACAACGAAUGAUCAAAUAAAACCUUAAAUUAAAAACUCUUUUUAACUCUAUGAUACACAGUGUUAAAUACAACAAUUAUUUCAAAUACAAAUACAAAGAGACCAAGAACAAGAUCUCUAGCAGAGGAAAAACAUCCUGCAUGAUCGUUGAAAAAGCAUUGAAUUGAAUUGCAGCAAACAUCAUCUGUUCUUGUUCUAGUUGGUGUGUCUGCAUGAUCAUCACAACACAACAUUCUUUCUCUUACACACAACGACGGCAAUUUUUAUCUACUGAUCAUCGGUUUUUCCAAACGAAUUUAUUUCAUCAUUUCAUUCGUACGUUGUUUUCCCUCCACAACACCGGCUUUUAAAAACUCACAUUUAAAUUGGUAGCAGUUAAACGAAAAAUAGAAAAUUUGAUAUCAAAAUGUUUAUCGGAAAAAUUACAACCUGCUGCCGUCGUUAAAACAUUAUGUGUUGGUUGAAUUAUUAUUAUGUUUCUCUUGUGGUAUUUUCACAAUUUGAUUUAUGACUCUCAGACUUGUUAUUAAAAAGACUAAAUAAAAGAGCGUUUAAAAAUAUACAAUUUUAAAAAUACAGUGUUUAAAAUAUACAGUUUAAUAUUGUAAAAAAAUUAAAAAAAACAUAAAGUGAAAAAAAAUAAAUAAGUUAACAUUACUUUAAUAAAAAAAAACUAUUGACAAAUUUGACUUUUGAGAAAGUUUCCUUUGGAUUAUUUUAAACAACGGAAUUAAUAAAUUUUGAUUUUAUAAGGGCUGGUGUUUUUAAAACCAGCUUUUGUGUAGAAACCUUGAGGCUAAACUUUUAGCCCAAUUAAUCCUUAUCAAAAUACCGGCCAUCAUGGAUCCUGAUUGUUUCGCCAUGUCCUCAUAUCAAUUUGUCAACUCGCUGGCAUCAUGCUAUCCCCAACAAAUGAAUGCACAACAAAAUCAUCCGGGCAAUCCCAGUGGUGCCGCUAAUACACCCAACAGUAAUGGUGGACCAGGAGCGGGUAGUACGGGUAGUGCCAAUUCUGGUGCUGCCACUCCCGGCAAUGAUUAUUUUCCUGCUGCCGCUGCUUAUGCUCCCAACUUGUAUCCAAACACACCUCAGGCUCAUUACGCUAAUCAGGCUGCUUACAGUUUAGGCGCGGGAGGUGGCGGUGGUACUGGUGCCCAAACAAAUCCUCCAGAAAUGGUGGACUACACUCAGCUACAGCCACAACGUCUCCUCAUGCAACAACAACAGCAGCAGCAACACAAUGCCCAUGCGUCAGCGGCGGCCCAGCAUGCAGUUAGUCAACAGCAGCAACAACAACAGCAGUUAGGACAACAACACCCGCAACAGCAGCAAUCAAAUAUUAGUUGUAAAUACGCCAAUGAUCCCUCAACACCCACCGGCAACAACAAUACCACCAGCAAUAACAAUAACAAUCAAUCAUUGGCCAGUCCCCAAGAUCUAUCGACACGUGAUAUUUCCCCCAAACUAUCGCCUUCAUCGGUGGUGGAAAGUGUGGCCCGAUCACUGAACAAGGGCGUGUUGGGUGUGAAUCUCAAUAAUAAUCAUGCGAAUAGUGUGAAUGUACCGAUGCACAGUCCCGGUGAGGGUGAUUCCGAUUCGGAAAGUGAUAGUGGCAAUGAGGCGGGCAGUAGUCAAAACAGUGGUGGCAAGAAAAAUCCUCCACAAAUAUAUCCCUGGAUGAAGAGAGUACAUCUUGGUCAAAUACGUACUGUUAAUGCCAAUGGUGAAACAAAACGACAACGGACCUCAUAUACCCGCUAUCAAACAUUAGAACUUGAAAAAGAAUUCCAUUUCAAUCGUUACCUGACCCGCCGAAGACGCAUCGAAAUCGCUCAUGCUCUGUGCUUAACCGAACGCCAAAUUAAGAUUUGGUUCCAGAAUAGACGCAUGAAAUGGAAAAAGGAACACAAAAUGGCUUCAAUGAAUAUAGUGCCCUAUCAUAUGGGUCCCUAUGGUCACCCCUAUCAUCAAUUCGAUAUUCAUCCGUCACAGUUUGCUCAUUUGAGCGCAUAGGACGCGUGGCACUUUUCGGGUACUGGUUAGAGGCUCAAUCAGUUGUAU